CAGAAGAAGAAGAAGAAGAGAGAAAAGCAAUAUGAAGAACAAAGUCUCCGUUUUCUUGAAACACAUCUUCUCCGUCCUCGCCCCCAUCGCCAAAGCCAAGUCUGCGGCCAUCAAGAGCAAGACCAGCGCGGCGAAGGGCCGCCUCGUGCUCUUCUCGAUGAUGAACAGCCGGAAGGUCCUGUUCGGCUCCAUCUCCGACAAGAUCCACAGCCUCCUCGGCCACGGGGACGAAGACGAGGAUGACGGAGACUGUGUCGCCGACCAAAGUGGGGCGGUGGUGCCGUACGAGGCCAAUGCCAGCGAGUCGCGGCCGAGCACAAGCGGCACCAGCUUAUACGGAGGAUACAACGACGAGGGCGACGAUAAGUAUCCUGACCUGAGGCACUCGCUCUUCGACGGGGAAGAGGAUGACGACGAGGCUGACCCGGGUGGGUCGGUGAUCGACCUGGUGAAGAACUCCAAGGAUGCUGGAGAUGAGGUCUGCCUCGAGGAUGAGACCGACCACGCCGCGGAUCUGUUCAUCAGGAGGUUCCACAAGCAGAUGCGGCUGCAGAAGCUGGAGUCGUUCAAGCGGCUCCAAGAGAUGCUCGGGCGAAGCGUUUGAAGGAGGAGGUAAAAAUCGCAUCCCACGUCGGCUCGUGGAGCGACGGGGGUGGUUCAAGCCUUGAACUAGCCGAUCGCUAACCGUCCUCGACUCACCAUGCUUGGGUUUUUCGAGGAAAACAAUGUCAUGUUUCUAAUUACUUCCCACUCUACUUCCUUGCC